CUAUUUAAAUGCCAACAGUCUUACUGUCAAAACAGCCUACAACAACAUGAUGGACCUGUUUGAGACCAACACUUAUUUUUUCAACGAUUUACGUUAUCUCGAGGCGGACCAUGGGACCUUGGAUAUGCCUGGAGUGUCCCCACUCUAUGAGGGGAACGACAGCCCUCUGUCUCCGGGACAGGAUCCGGUCCCGUCCGAGACAGGGUGCGAGAGCAGCGGGGAGGAACACGUCCUCGCGCCUCCGGGGCUCCAGCCUCACUGCGACGGUCAGUGUCUAAUGUGGGCUUGUAAGAUCUGUAAGAGAAAGUCCGCGCCGACCGACCGGCGAAAGGCCGCCACUCUGAGAGAAAGGAGGCGGCUUAAAAAGAUCAACGAAGCGUUUGACGCGCUAAAGAAAAAGACGGUGCCCAAUCCGAACCAGAGGCUGCCCAAAGUGGAGAUUUUACGCAGCGCGAUAAACUACAUCGAGAAGCUCCAGGACCUGUUGCAUACGCUAGACGAGCCAGAACAGAACUCUGACAGUGACCCUUACACGUACAACGUGAAAGAAAACCAUGUGGCUCCCAAUGAGUAUCACUGGAAAAAGAAUUGCCAGAAUUGGCAGGGGAUUCCAGAUCAUUCCAACUCCCAGCUGGCCGGUCACAGAGAAGAAGCCUCUGUGGAGUCCUCCACGUCCAGCAGCCUUCGUUGCCUCUCCUCGAUUGUUGACAGCAUUUCCACUGAAGAGACGAAAGCUCGCUGUCCCGACCAGACCACAGAAAAGUGAAGCUCGCGCACCCGCCUCACAUUUCCUACGUAUACUUAUUUCCAUGAGCUAGUGUGAAUGUUCGAAAUUUAAUAGGCAACACUUUGCAAUAACUUUUUAACAGCCAUGCUUAAAUAAUGCAUAACAGAUCAUGAUGAUUAUAUAUGAAAAUAUAUGUUCUUUCUAUAUCCUCGUUCGGCUUUCUGAAUGUGAUCUGUCACGCAUUUUAUAAUUCAAUAAUGUAUUUAUUACAUUGCAAAAUAUUAUUAUGAAGUGUUCCAAUGUAAUAUUUAGAUUUUUUCUUUCUUCAUAAAUGACCAUUCAGUGUAGUUGCUGCAGCUAAUUCCAGAUAAAUUUCAGGGUCAUUGAUAUCAGCAGAAUGAUUGCUGUCAAUUUAUGUAGUCUUUCUAAAAUGUACAUAUUUUGUAAUAUAUUGCUGUCACAUAAAUUAUUUUAUAAAUUAACAAGAAAAAGUAGAGCACUUGAUCACUACCGGAUGUAUUUAAACAAUUAAACAUUAAAAAUAUCAAAGAUGUACUCUGCAUUUUUAUUUACUUUUGUUUAUUUUAACAUUUUAAUUGUCAAUUAUUUGUUUUAAAAAUGUUAUCAUUUGAAGGAUUCUGAAGGAUUUUACUGGUGAUUUUGAGGUUUUGAUGUGCCUGCAUCUUAUCAUGUCAAAACAUACCAGCCUUUUGUCUUAUUAAAUUUAAUCAUGACAUUAAACGAUGAAUGAAGUCAUUUAAAACUUGUUAAGGUUUAAAUGAAUUUAGCCUCUGUGUAAGAUCGUCAUAUACUUGUUCGGUUGAAUCUAUUUUGAGUUGUAACAUUAACUUAAAGGUCCCAAGCUGAAGGAAGCAAGGCAUCUAUGGCUCGCAAGGAUGGCCGGCCACCAAAUGUCCUCAUUAAACCCAUUGAAUUAAGAGCCUCCUGUAUUCCACCACCAGCCUUGACCAGUCAAGCCAGCAGCUCUCUCAGAUUUACAAGUAUUAACGGAGUGUAAAGUAUGACUGGCCCUGAAAUAGCCCUGGCCUUGCCUGUUAGUUCCAGCUGGCAGGGCAGGAUUCAGGAUUGGCUGCAAUGAAACCCGCUGUAUCUGACUCAGGAUCUGAAGUAGAAGGCAAAAUAUUGCAUGACAGCUAUCAUAAUGUUACAGGCUGUAAGGGUUUUCCCCUCGAAUGAAGCGUUGGGUUGCGUCGUGUUUUUAAUGUGCAGAGUGUGAUUGCGUGUGAGCUUGGCAGUUAUCCAUCGGUAGAGCCGAUUUGUUGGUGCUCCCAAGCUCCUCUGCAGCGUUUCCAUCUCGCACAGCGUGCUGUCUGUCAGGAGCGGCUCUCUGAUCUUUCCGUUUAACACACUGCCACCUCUGACCUCAUCACAGACACACGUUAACUUAUGUACUCAAACCCUCAAAUGACUCGGACUGACCAGUGACCUGCACAGCACACAUCUGGGAAACAAGGCUUUAAGAGGGAAAUUCAAACCUCCAGAAAUAAGAAAACAUAUUCUCUAUACUUGUCUUUUUCACCAUGUCUUUAAUUUUGCUUUGAGUCCGAUGCUGAUUAAAAGCUCACUAUAAAAAUAGAGCCUAUACUGGCCUGAUACAUGAUUGUUUAUUUGAUGUGAUUGGUGGACGCUACACUAUUUGACUUUCCUAUCAGUUAAAUUUAAGUUUGAAUUGGUAUUUGUUUGUAUUUAAGAUCACAGCUUUUUUUGUUUUUUGUUUUUUUUUGCACGUUUUUGUGAUAUAUUUUUUUCCUGUGAUGCAAAGCUGAAUUUUUAGCAUCAUUCUUCCAGUCUUCAUUGUCACAUGAUCCUUCAGAAAUCAUUAUAAUAUGCUGAUUUGCUGUUUAAGAUACAUUUCCCAUUUGUGUCGGUGUUAAAAACAGUUGUAAAAACAAAAAAAUAAAUAAAGCUAAAUCCUCUGUGUUGGCGACUACACACUUGGAGUGAUUGUCUGAUAAGUUAUAUGGUAUUAAGAGCGGGGCACUUCAAAGUGAUUCAUUGCUCUCCUCUUAGUGAGCCAGACUGUAACCAGAUAGCUCUGUCUACACUGUUGUUUUAAUAGGAUCUCAGAUGUAGAGAUGAUGCAGUUUUAUUGUGUUUCAUUAUUAGUCGUGAUGCCUGACUCCUUUAGCAGACAGAAAAAGAAAAUCACAGCUGAAAUGUCUUGACAGAUUCAUUGCUUCAUUUGCAUAUGAACACACUCUGAAGUAAUAACUACAAAUGUGUCAUUAGUUUCCAUCAAAGAGAGGCACAGAGAAUGAUUAUAGCAUCUUGCCAUCUGGGAAUCAUCCCAGAGGAACAUUUUAUUGCUCAGAGGCCUCGAGAGACUUAAUGGAAACUUCGUUUAAACAUCAGAUUCCUCAAGAAAAAUACAAUGAUAUAUUAAUUAUUCAAUAGAACAUGCACAAUAGAGUUUAUUUUAUGGCUGUAUAAAAUUCAAUUCAAAGCAAAGCCCUUAUGAUCCUUUUAAAAUAGCCAGGUUUAAGUGAUGAUGCCUGGAGCAAAACAGAGGGAAAUGCCGAUAAGAUACACAACUGAAGCUAAACUACAGGAUUAAAGAUGAAGAAAGAUGAGAUUUACUGACAUUCCUGUGAAUAUCCAGUUAUGGAGCCAUUCUGAUGUCCCACAUAACUGGAGCUGAGGAAACACUUCCUCUAGCUGCCAAACAAAUGCUGUUGCCAAUCACACCAUCUGACCAUGUGAUCAAAUAUGAUACUGUUAUUGCUGAUGGAAAAAGUGCAGCCAAUGGCUGGUCUUGGCAAGCAAAAGAAGCAUGAAGAAAAAACAAGUGGGUGGACGAAAAGCAUGUCUUUUCAUUGUUUUUCUUUAGAUUCUUCUUUUUUAGAUUUUAUAUAUAUUCCAUAUCGAUGGAAAAUCUAUUAAAAAAAAUAAAUGUGCGAAAUACGAAGGGGAAUUUGAAUUGCAUAUUUACUCCUAACAAACUGCACUGUCUGCACAGUGAAAGAAACAUUAAUGCUCACCUUCUGCCCCACACUUAACACAGUCCCUGACCCUUAACAACAGCCCUCAAAAAAAAAAAAAAAAAAAAAAAAAGC